UAUAUGCACCCAGGGGUGCAUAAGCUGAGUUGCAUGGGAUACAUUGUAAAGUCAGGAAUGAUGUGGCAUAUUUAUAAUUGUGAAGAACUAAUUUCAGUUUUAAACUUUUCAAGUUACUGUCCAGAAACCAUAUUUGUCUGAAGUUUUCAAUCUAUUUUUGGUCACUGUGACCUUGACCUUCGACCUUUUUUUCUCCAAAAUCAAUAGGGGCCUUGCUUUGCUGGUAUCCAACAAUAUAACCAAGUUUCAUUUGAUUCAAAUUAAAUAUUUUCAAGUUAUUCUCCGGAAACUUUUUUUUUAAAAAAGAAUUUUAAAUCUAUUUUCGGUCACUGUGACCUUGACCUUUGACCCAUUUUCUCCAAAAUCAAUAGGGGUCUUCCUUACCUGGUACAUAACAAUAUCUUUAAGUAUCAUUUGAUUUGGAUUUGAACUUUCUGAGUUAUUAUCCGGAAACCAAAUAUUUCUGAAAUUUUCAUUCUAUAUUCGGUCACUGUGACCUUUGACCUUUUUUCUCCAAAAUUAAUAGGGGUCUUCCUUACCUGGUACCCAACAAUAUAUCAAAGUUUCAUUUGAUUCGGAUUUAAACUUUCUGAGUUAUCAUCCAGAAACCAAAUAUUUCUGAAAUUUCCAUUCUAUAUUCGGUCAGUGACCUUGACCUUUUCCCUCCAAAAUCAAUAGGGGUCUUCCUUACCUAGUACCCAACAAUAUAUCAAAGUUUCAUUUUAUUCGGAUUUAAACUUUCUGAGUUAUCAUCCGGAAACCAAUUGUUGACGCCCAACCGCCCGCCCGCAUCACCAAACCAAUAGCCGAGUUCAACUUCGUUGCAACUCGGUUAAAAAGACAACUAGUUGAAACCCAUGUUUGACGACAACAAACCAAAGGAGAAGGUGUGAUAUAAGGGCCUUGUAUGGUCCCUAUAUUGAGAAGUCAGCAUGGUCAAGACUGUAUAUAAUUAGGCAUAUUUUGGGAGUAUCAGCUACAGUACGGCCAGCGCGGAUCCUGUAUUUUCCGCGCUCCCCCCGCGGGAUAGAUCUACCGCGGUAUAUCUCAGGUAACCCUGCAAAUCCCGCGCUCCCUUGGUGGGGGCUCAGUUAUUCCUAAUGUCCCGGUGAGGCCUACUCCAGUCAAGGGGAGUGGUCAUGUACCCAGCUCUGGGAGUCUCCCGGAAUAUCACACCCCUACUCUGCAUUCCUACACUCCAGUGUCAAGGUUAGCCCCACCCCCUCAUUCAUGGGUUGAUGAUCAGGCCCUAGGCCAGCUUAGUCAGGGUUUGCCCCAGAUGGGCUUGGGUUCACGCUUGCAGCACCCCACUCCUGGACCGUAUUCCCCAGUUGCCCCAUUCUCGGAGCCAGGGAUUACCUAUGGGAAUUACCAGUCCCCACAGCCCAGCCAGGGCUAUGAUCUGCUUACAGGGUCCCCAGUCCCGCAUGCCUACCCAGUACCCAUCCCAUGUGCAAGACCCUUGGGUUGGGGGGAAUGCCCCCCCCCCCCCCCCACCCCCCCCACCCCAGCCUUUGAUAUAUCCCAUGCCUGGCGGUUACGCUAGCACAUCUAUGCCCUACCCUACCAUGAUGACUCCUCCUUAUCAACAGCAGGGGCCCUUCACCUACCCUGGCACCACGGCUUGUGGGUUGGGGAAUGAGGGGGGAAGCGUAGUGCACAUUCAACCCCAGUUAGGUGAACCAGAACGACACACACCAUUCUCUGGGCAUUCUGCCCAGGGACUAGCUCCAGCGUCUCGCACCACGUACCAGGUCCCCCAGUACUCUUGUAGAGGGGAGCAGUCGAUGGGCUUCAGUAGAAACGCACCCCAGUACAAGGAUUUGCGGUACGAUGGAAUUUCUAGCUGGAAGUCCUUCCUGCACAAGUUCAUUCGCCUGGCCCGCAGCCAACAGUGGACCGAGAUGGAACAACACGACCAGUUCUGCUUCUCCUUGGAGGGGACAGCCAGUGACUACUACACCCUGUUGAUGGAAACAGACCGCGGUCUCUCUUUGGCUGACAUCAUUGGGCGGUUUGAGAAACGUUUUGGGUCAUCUGCACCAGGUUUCACGCAUCAAUUGAACCUUCAGUCAGCAUCACAGGAUGUGGGCAAGUCAUUGCGACAUUGGGCUGACAGGGUGCUUACCCUGGCCACCCAGGCUUUCCCGUCUGUGCCGGAUGUACAUGUCUAUGACAUCCCACGGCUGUGCUAUGGUGCUGAGGACAGGGACGCAGGACUUUAUGCCCUGGACGGCCAGCCCAAGACAGUUGAGGAAGCAGUCGACCGAAUGCAGUACUAUCAGCAUUCACGGCAGAAGAAGUCAUCCAAGCCCAUGAGGGAUGUGAGGCAGGUAGCUCAGGUUGAAGCUCCCAAUCCUGACAAGGAGCUCAAGGAGGUGCGCCAGCGCCUUGAGGAGUUGGAGAAGGAAAUCCGAGGGCGGACCCUCUCUCUCGGAGACCUUCAUCAUCAUCAUCGAACGGCAACCUAAAGCCAGCAGUCUGCUUCAAAUGUGGGGCCAUGGGACAUUUUAAGCGGGAAUGCCCGGAAUGGCGGGGGAAAACUGAGGCGAACCAGGGCCAGGGGACCAAGGUCAAGCCUAUGGAUGGUCAAUACACACAACCGUGAUCAUCAGAACCAAGGGGGCGGGGAGCCAAGACCCGUCAGCCACAGUUUAGUAGUGGAGGGCCUACGCAGCGGGAAGUGAGGAUGGUAACUCCAGAGCGUUCCCCAGCUAGACCAGGGCCGUGCGAGGCUCGCACGGGGACAAGUCGGUUUGUAGGAGGACACAGGCAGGCGCUCUCCUGCAUGCGCCGCUCCAGGAAGGGCAUGCUCCAAGUGCGGUUCAGGGAGGCACCCGAGGACUGGGUCAUAGGGUGGGAUGAGGACAAAUACGAGCCCUCUCCCAGGGAUAUGUUGUCGGGAUUCAGGCUCCCUGAGGAUAUCGUGGUGCUGGAACUGCCCGGUUUGGGGGCAGAAAACCAGGGGGAUGGGGAGGAUUAGGAGGACUUGCCGGAUCUGGAGCCCUCGCCCAUUCAGGAGGAGCAGGUAGGCGCGGACCCCGCGUCCGAGCCUAGCGAGUGCCCAGAGCCAGUUAGGGCGCAGGUUCAGCCCAAGGAGGAAUGUGGGCUGGGGGUGGUCAGUGGCCAAGCGGAGAACAGGACUGCGGAUAUGCCAUUCCGGCAUGCUGGAGAAUCCCACGAAGACUCGCCUGUGCCAAAAGGGCAGAUACGCACAACCACCGGAUUCAUGGUCCAAAUGGUAGUCCAGGGAGUAAGACUUCAGGCAGUGGUAGACACUGGAGCGGAGGGAAGUGUGUUGUCCACCCAGGUCUAUGAGGAGCUCGACCCCAAGCCUCCCAUCAAGCAGCAUGUGACCUUGGUCCAGGCAGGGGAAAAUGCCAGGAUGAGGGGCUUCAUCAUUGGCCCUGUGGCAGUUCGCCUUGGAGACACGGAACAUAAUGUCGACCUGUAUGUGGCCCCCCUGCAGGACCAAAUGCUGCUAGGUAUGGAGUUUCUCCAUCAGCAGAAGACUCACAUAGAUUUGGAGCAUGGCACGAUGACCUUGGGAGAGGAGAAGGUCCCUAUGACGUUCAGACGCCCAGUAGGGGGACAGGAGGCCCAGGUUUCAGUAACGAAGUCUAUCUGCCAGUGGGUCCCAGCUGCUUCAGUCGUCCUAUGUCCUUGUUGUUUGGAUAAGGAGUUGGAAGACUUUGUAGUUAGCCCUCAGAUCAAGCAGACCUCGGACGUAUUAUCGGUGCCGCACACUUAUGCUAGGGAGAGAACGUUGGUGACCAGCAUUGUCAAUGCCUCAGAUGAGGAAGUGUCUAACUCCGGAGGCAGUGCGAUCGGAUCAGCCUUGGAGGCCGAACCAUGGGUGCUGGCACCUGACUUGGUCGUUGAGAAUGUGAACAGUGUGGACCCCCACACUGAGGCAGGGACUAAGCUCAGUACAUUUACAGCAAGAGUUAAGAUUGCCCCCUUAGCUUGCCCUGGAACUUGGUCAACUUCCAAGGAGGCCAUAUUGGAUGGUGGGGGAGAUUUCCCCCUUGAGCCGACCAACAUUGCUGAGGAAAUUAGUGUGGUUGAAGCUUCAGCUGUUGGCCUUACUCAUUGUGCGCCCAGUGAAGGUGUUCAGGAUGGUUACAACGGCCCUGUUAGCGAGGCGUCAUGGAACUAUGUCUCCCGAGAACUUCUCGGGUUCCCAGGUUGGACUCAAGGGGAGUUUGAUUUCGAGACGGAUCUUGUGGGACAUGACUCAUUCAGGAUCCAAGUCCGACAGUUCAGAGGCAUCAGGUUGCCUUGGCCCCCACCUGUAUUUAGAGCUGGUGGGAGAAUCUAUAGAUCCUUUUCAGUAAUGGAUGUGCGACCCAGGGCUCGCCCUUGCCCACACCGGUUGGGAUUAGAUUAGUCCCAGUCAGUUUUCUCUGGGGCAUUUACCCGGACCUUUCCUGCCGGAACCCUUUCCGGCGUCCUCGGAUAAUUCAUCCGAGGGGGCGUGUCGCGCCCACCUUGACCAUUGGUUGGACCGUUUCUCCGUCCUUCAGAGGAAACAGGGGGGGGGGGGGGGGGGGGGGGGGGGGGAGUGUAGUAUCUGGGGAGUCUUCCCCAGUACGAUUUGCUUAUCCCCGGAUUGUGGAGGAUCAACAUCCGGCAGCACGAAGAGAUUUCCCGCGGUUAUGGUACAACAAGACCUACCCGAAGCUUAGAGACCGACAACAGGCAGAACAGUUAAAGACCCAUUUUUAAGCCACCUCCCUUAAAAGUUACCUGGACAAGGAUAAAAAACACACCGCUUGUCAAUCAUAUAAUAGACAAUAGCUCAGGUCCUGAUUGACAGCUUUAACCAAGCGAGUCACUUGGGUAUCCGAGACCGUAACGUGUUGAUAGCAAUUAACGGCACGCGUAUCAGCCCCUUUCAUCUACCGCAAAGAUAACUUCUCAGAGGAGAAAUUAGCGGCAAUUCGUGCUUUAUUUGCUCAUAGCGAUUGGGAAUGGGAUCCAGAAAAGGAAGAAGAAGUUUCCGAAACAACAUCAGCCUCCGUGCAGCUUCCUAAUCCUAUCAUACCUCCUCUAGCAUCAUUGAUAGAAUGCCCGGAUUGCCUCUGUCGGCCAUGUGUUCUGUCAGAAAACAACAGACAAUCUUGGUGGCCCGAUCGACCAAAACCGGCAUCCCGAAAAAACAGUCAUGGCAGAAAAAAUUUAUAUAAAAAAUUCUGGACAAUGCUUUGCCAUCGAGGAGCCUGGAAUGAUGAGCGAUAUCAGGGGAAAAAAUCCAGAGCCAUACAAACGGAUUUGAGACGAAAGCAGUUUGUGUGGCAGACUUACGGAACAAAGCGGGAAAUCAUGCCAAACUGUGUAAUUCGUCAAGUCAGAGAGUGGUUGCCAAAUGUAGAUGGACAGCCUUACAUGGGACAUAUGUGGCAGUGAUUGAAGCCUAAACUUAUUUAUAAUACAAAAUUUUAAAAAAAAAAAAGGUUCUACAGCAGGGGGGCCUCCACGUGGCUAGAACUGGAAACGUUGACUUAUUGGGUGUAUAUUGAAUAUAUUUGAUUAAUAAAUUUCACUCUAUACUUCAAUGGCUAACGUCCCUGGAAUUAAAUGUUUACAAAAAUAUAUAUAUAUAGAAGGGGGAGUACAUAUCAUGAUUUAUACAAGUGACACUAGCCCCCUUCACACCCAAUCUAAUUGAUUCUGGCAUGGGGAUUCCUCGUUCAUUAGGUACUGUUUCAAGGUACACACUAGGGUUUCAUAACACCCCCACCCCAUCCCGGUAUUCCUGAGUCGGCAUAAUUAUUCAGAUUCUCAUUGAGUUCACAUCUUUCCAUCAAGCGAUUCCUAUUAUAUGUUAUGGAUAAUUUGUCCUCUACACCCAGAACGCCAAAGACUCCGGGUAGUGCACGGAAACGUUCCAGCUCAUUCAAGUUAGAAUUACCAGGGGAUUCUACUAUGUAAAACAGACCCAAACUACGAGCCAAGCAAACUUAUCCUCACGGAUCCUGCUGCGGAGAAACUUCUAACAGACGCAAUACAUAGGUUCGUGGUGUAUAAGUUUCCUGAAGAUUUUGUGCACGCAUUGGACACCUAUUAUGUUGAGUCAUUCAAUAAUGUUCUCAACAUGUUUCACGACAAAAGAACCCAGUUAGGAGAUGAUUCCUACAACAUGAGAACGGGAUUAGCCAUUUGUCACUGGAACGAGAAUGUUGACAGACAGUCCACCGGAACGUAUCAGUAUCCGACCGGGAAAACGAAGAGAAUCCUUGGGCAAAGAACAUUUCAGUACCGUGAGGAUAUCUGGAGACACUUUAUCUACUCUUUGACAGUGUAGCAUUAAUGAAGAUAAUUUUAUAACAAAUUCCAAUGGCUAUAAACUAAUAUACAUAUAUGUGAAAUAAAAUAAAAUAUGUCAUAUUUUUAUACAUGUACUCUUUAUGAAUUGAAGACUUAUUUUUAUUGUUCCUCAAGCACGGACAGGUAGAUUUCUAACGCGUCCUGUCUUUGUGUAUUUCUCUGAGUGUCACGGGAUAUAGCAAUUAACACCUUGGUAGACCCUGGCCACUCCAGGUAAAUAACAUCUGUUUAGAAUAGGCCCCGCCUACAUUUUCACCGACCGUACGGUCAUGAGAUGGGUCUUUAAGUCUGCGGGACCCAUGUUUUAUGUAGAUACACAGUAAUAAAUACCAUAGAUACUUUAGGACACAGCCAGCCUGAGAUUAGACCUGGUUAUGAUGUCACGCUGUUAUUCUUUAUAUACUUUCACAUCCGUUCACUUAUUUUGCGAAACAAAAGAUAACAAAAUAAACAAAUGUAACAUAUUUCGCUUAAACACACCCUUAAACCAUAAUUCUGAUAAAAGUAAACAAUCUGCUAACCUUGGAUCCUCGAAUUCCACGAAGCAAAAUGGCGGACCGCGCCUUGUUUUUAAGUCCACAAACGUAAUUCUCCCAAACUUGUAAAAUAAAUCCUCGAUAUCUCUGGCCCUAAUGUCAGGUGGUAGAUUUCCUACGUAAAUUCGCUGGUCAUUUCCUCUUGAUGACAUGAUUUAACACACUAUUCAAUUCAAUCGUCAAUACCAAAUAACGUCCUACUACCGUUUCAAGUCUUUUGUCCUUCGCAGCGUGUACAUCAAAAC